UUGCUUUGCUUUGCUUGAUCUUGGCUUGAUCAUUUUCGUAGAUAGAGAAGAGAGAGAUCAUUUUCUUUCUUCGAUUCGAAGUUUGGUUUGGUUCAUAAAAUUUUAGAUUGUGACCGGUAAAAACAAACAGUAAGAAAACAUUGGGACAAUAAAUAAAACAAAUAAAGUUAAAACAUUACAUUUAAACUUCUAACAUGCUGAUCAAAGUGAAGACACUUACAGGCAAGGAAAUCGAAAUAGAUAUUGAACCUACAGAUAAAGUAGAAAGAAUCAAAGAAAGAGUAGAAGAAAAGGAAGGAAUACCGCCGCAGCAACAACGACUUAUAUUUUCGGGAAAGCAGAUGAAUGAUGAAAAGACAGCCCAGGACUACAAAGUGCAGGGAGGUUCGGUUCUUCAUCUGGUGUUAGCACUGCGAGGGGGAGAGUGAUCUUUUGUGAUAAUUACUUUCUAAUAUUUAUACCUCUUAAUUUUAUUUCUCAUUUCUUGUAUAAAGUCAACAUGAUAUCAUAAAGUAA